ACAAACAGACGCCGACGUAUUACAACUUCCUGUUUCGGGAAGCGCUGAGUUAGGUUCUUGUUUGCUACCCAGCUAGUAAGCUUGAAUGUCCAACAGGAUUGUGUAUAACCUUAGUGUCCGAAUGUUUGUACAGUGUUAACAAGCAAAAAGUGCGACUUACUGCAAUUGGUGAAAUAAUGUCGGACAGUCCUGAUUUGCCGCCAAGCGAUGAGCAGAAUUUAGAGAUACAAGGCUCCGUUACUAAUUGUCCUUCUGUUGUGAUGAUGGAGGAACAGGAGGAUAGCAUGUUUAGUGACCAACAUUUCUAUUGUGAGAUGUGUCACCAGCACUUCAUUGACCAGUGUAAGGUUCAUGAUCCACCAUUAUUCACAUGUGACUCGCCAACAGCAAUGGGCAUUCCUCAGAGAGCUCUGCUGACGCUGCCGCAAGGCUUGGUUAUAGGUCGAUCAAGCAUCUCUAAUGCAGGGCUUGGGGUUUUCAACCAAGGUCAGACUGUGCCAUUGGGGAUGCAUUUUGGACCUUUUGAUGGAGAGGUGACCUCUGAGGAAAAGGCAUUGGAUAGUGCCUUCUCUUGGGUAAUUUACAGAGGCAAUAAUCAGUAUACUUACAUAGAUGCAGAGAGAGACACUCACUCUAACUGGAUGAAGUUUGUGGUGUGCUCAAGGAGUGAGACGGAGCAGAAUCUUGUUGCAUUCCAGCAAAAUGGACGUAUUCUGUUCCGUUGUUGUCGUCCUAUUAGCCCAGGGCAGGAAUUUAGAGUUUGGUAUGCUGAAGAAUAUGCUCAAGGACUUGGCAUCAUCUGGGAUAAGAUCUGGGAUAAGAAAAGCAUUUCUCUAGGUCCAACUGAAGAACCGGCAACUCAGGACUGUCUAUGUCCUUAUUGCCAUUACUCCUUCCCAACAAUUUUUUAUCUGCGUGUUCAUGUGAAGCGCUCACACCCCGAUGAGUAUGCACACUUUAUGCAGACACAGCCGGUUGAGUCUGUAGACAUAGACCAGUGCCUUCUGGCCUCUGAUGCAGCUCCUCCAACCCAUAUGCAGCCAAUGAUAGAAAGCCAUCAGGGUCAAAUUUCAACCCCAAGUGGACAACCCAUCCAUCAGUCAGAAAAGUCAGACUGCACUGAUUUGUCUGAUACAUGCAGUAAUGGUUUGAGUGACCAGGCAAACUGUGUUGCUGAGGUCUCGGGUGAAAUUAAUAAAUGUGGUGAGUGUGGCCGUAACUUUUUGAGAUCUUGUCAUCUGAAGAGACAUCAGCGCACUAUUCACUCCAAAGAGAAGCCUUACUGCUGCAGCCAUUGUAGGAAGUGCUUUAGUCAAGCAACAGGGCUGAAAAGACACCAACAAACCCACCAAGGGGAGGAAAAGCGAGAGAAAGUUGCUGACAGACCUUCUGAUAUAUACCCUUGCACAAAGUGCUCCUUCUCUUUUGUGGCCAAAUCCAAUUUAUAUCAACAUCUGAAACGCCAUCACCAUGGAGAGUACCUCAGAUUAGUUGAGAUCGGCUCGCUCACAGCAGGGACUGAGGGUGAAACAGAGACUAAUUCUGAGAAGCAUGACCCAACCUAUGAACCUCCUACUCGAGCGAAGAGGUCCAUGAAGAACACUUUGAGAGGCAGGAGUCACCCUAAAAAAGUGUCUGUUGGCCGACCAAGAGGACGACCACCUAAAAACAAGCGUGUAGCUCAGGAUGAAGUGCUUAUCUGCACAGAGUGUGGACAAAGGUUCUCUGAUUUAGAGACACUAAAAACUCACCAAUGUGCAGGACAGGAUAAUAAUAAGAUAGAGGAACCACAGGAAGCAGCAGAUUCUCAGCAUGUCUGCGGUGAAUGCCUGAGAGGUUUCAGUAAUUUUGAUCUUCUCAAAGCCCAUGAGUGCAUUCAGCAGGGAGACGGAUCUUACUGUUGCUCUCACUGCAACCUUUACUUCAACCGUUUGUGUAACCUUCGUCGCCAUGAGCGCACCAUCCACUCCAAGGAAAAGCCCUACUGCUGCACCCUGUGCCUCAAGUCCUUCACCCAGUCUUCUGGCUUGAAGCGCCACCAGCAGAGCCACUCACGCCGCAAAGCCCACCGCCAGAGCUCAGCCCUUGUUGAUGCCAGCAUCUUUCCCUGCACAUACUGCCCCUUCUCCUUCACCGAUGAGCACUAUCUUUACAAACACAUCCGCCGUCACCAUCCAGAAAUGAGCAUUAAAUAUCUGAGUUUCCAAGAAGGGGGAGUUUUGUCUGUUGAAAAGCCUCACAGCUGCAGCCAGUGCUGCAAGAGCUUUAGCACAAUCAAGGGCUUCAAGAACCACAGCUGCUUCAAGCAGGGGGAGAAGGUGUAUCUGUGCCCAGAUUGCGGAAAGGCAUUCAGUUGGUUUAAUAGCCUCAAGCAACACCAACGCAUCCACACAGGAGAAAAGCCUCACACAUGUCAGCAGUGCGGAAAGAGUUUUGUCCACUCUGGACAACUGAAUGUGCACCUCCGCACACACACGGGUGAAAAACCUUUCCUGUGUUCACAGUGUGGCGAAAGCUUCAGGCAGUCGGGAGAUUUGAGGAGGCAUGAGCAGAAGCAUUCAGGCGUGCGCCCAUGCCAGUGCCCUGAUUGUGGAAAAAGCUUUAGUCGGCCACAAAGUCUCAAAGCUCACCAACAGCUUCAUAAUGGCACCAAACUUUUCCCCUGCACUCAGUGUGGAAAAAGUUUUACUCGUAGAUACCAUCUCACCCGGCAUCACCAGAAAAUGCACUCCUGACUGAAGAAGUAAAGACCCUGAUGAAUUUAUGGAUGUCAUUAUGAAAAGCUUGUUGUUCCUGUUUUAAGAUCAUCUUUAGUUCAUCUUUAAGUUCAUUUGAGGCAAAAUUAUUUAGCCAUUGAAAAGAUCCUGUUCUUGCUGAGACUGGUAGACGGGUCUGAACUAGGCAUUUUUGAGUAUAACAUAUUGGGGCACAAAAUUGCUGGGUGUAGUUGGUCCCCAAAGAGUGAUCAUAGUAAAAUAAAUUUGUAAAUGUA